UGCCCCUUUUGAGCAGGUAGGGGCGGAGAGCCCUGAAAAAAGAAACUCUUCACUCAAGGCAAACACCAUGCUUUUGGCACUACUACUAAUAAUUUCCUGCAGUUUUCUACACUGCACAGGGCUUGAAGGGAGUUAUAUAUCCCAUCAAUUUCCCUACAGGCAGAAGGAGCUUCUGAAAAGAGGCAGCAGAGGCAAUGACUGGCUUGAAUUAAAUGAUGACAGUGAAGAGUCCAGAAGUGCAGAAGAUGAUGCUAUGCUGCGUUCAGACAAGGGCUCAUGUUCUACCUGGGGUGCAGGGCAUUUCUCCACCUUUGAUAAUUAUUUGUAUGACUUCUCUGGGUCCUGCAACUACAUCUUCACCACCGUAUGCAAUGAUGUUAGCCCGGACUUCAACAUCCAGUUCCGCCGCGGGGUGAACAAAAAAAUUACAAGAAUCAUCAUGGAGUUGGGACCUGUCGUCGUCACAGUUGAAAAGAACAUCAUUGCACUCAAGAAUGUUGGUAUCAUCAAGUUGCCGUACACCAGCAAUGGAAUCCAAAUUGCUCCUUUUGGACGCACCAUCCGCCUGGUGACCAAGCUGAUGGAGAUGGAGCUGGAAGUCGUCUGGAACAACGACGACUAUCUCAUGGUUAUGGUUGAGAGAAAAUAUAUGAGGAAAACUUGUGGAAUGUGCGGGAAUUUUGAUGGACAGGAACUAAAUGAGUUUCUGAGUGAAGGUAGAUUGCUGGAUGCAUACCAAUUUGCCACUUUACAAAAAAUGGAUGACCCAUCAGAGAUCUGCCCAUCUGAGGAGAUGGCAAUUCCCAAUAUUCCUCGCAAAAAAUAUGCCAGGAUCUGCUCCCAGUUACUCAACCUUGUGUCUCCAGCUUGCAACGUGUCCAAGAAAGCGUUUGUCAUCCGUUGUCAGCUUGAUAUGCAGGACUGUAGUGAUCCAGGGCAAAGAAACUGUACUUGUGCUACACUGUCAGAGUACUCUAGGCAAUGUACCAUGUCCAAUCAAGCAGUGUCUGAUUGGAGGAGUGAAGACUUCUGCUCUGUAGGAAAAUGUUCAGCUGACCAAAUAUACAAGGAGUGUGGUUCUCCAUGUGUUAAAACCUGUUCCAACCCAGAGUACAGCUGUUCCAGUUACUGUACAUAUGGUUGCUUCUGCCCAGAAGGUACUGUUCUUGAUGACAUCUCAAAAAAUCGAACAUGUGUUCCCAUUGACCAGUGCCCGUGUACACUGAAUGGGGAGAGAUAUGAUCCUGGCGUUACCAUGAAAGCAACAUGCAGGAGCUGUAAAUGUACAAUGGGCCAGUGGAAUUGCAAUGAACUACCCUGCCCAGGAAGAUGUUCCCUGGAGGGAGGCUCCUUUGUCACCACGUUUGAUUCCAGGUCAUACAGGUUCCACGGAGUCUGCACAUACAUCCUCAUGAAGAGUCCCAGCCUUCCGUACAAUGGAACCCUGAUGGCUGUGUAUGAUAAGUCUGGUUACUCUCAUUCUGAAACAUCAUUAACUGCUAUAAUUUACCUUUCUACAAAGGACAAAAUUGUGAUUUCUCAAAAUGACCUUCACACAUAUGAUGAACUCAAGUGGAUACCUUUUAGAUCAGCUGACAUCACCGUUUUCAGACAGUCCUCCACCCACAUUCAAAUGUAUACCACCUUUGGGCUGGAACUAAUAGUUCAAACUUGGCCAGUGUUUCACGUCUACAUAAAAGUUGGACCUCUCUUCAAAGGCAGAACCCUAGGGUUGUGUGGCAAUUACAAUGGAGACACUACAGAUGAUUUCAUGACCAGCAUGGAUAUUAUUGAAGGAACAGCAUCCCUGUUUGUGGACUCCUGGAGAUCAGGGAACUGCCACCCUGCUGCAGAGAGGGACACAGACCCUUGCUCUAUGAGUCAAUUGAACAAAAUGUCUGCAGAGACCCAUUGCUCCAUUCUCACUAAGAAGGGCACAGUGUUUGAGAAAUGCCAUUCUGUGGUGAAUCCUGCUCCUUUUUACAAGAGAUGCAUCUACCAAGCCUGUAACUAUGAGGAGACCUUUCCUUAUAUUUGUUCUGCUCUGGAAUCUUAUGCAAGAGUGUGUGCUUCAAUGGGGCUGAUCCUUGUAAACUGGAGGGACACUGUAGACAACUGCACCAUUUCCUGUACUGGCAAUCAGACAUUCAGCUACCACACUGAAGCCUGUGAUAGGACGUGCCUGUCACUUUCCGACCAAACCCUGGAAUGUUAUCCUACUGAUAUCCCUAUUGAUGGCUGCAACUGUCCUAAAGGUACCUACUUGAACCACAGAAGUGAAUGUGUGCGUAAAUCCAUGUGUCCCUGCUACCUGGAAGAUAAGAGGUUCAUCCUGCCUGACCAGUCAACUAUAAUUGGUGGCAUUACCUGCUUUUGUGUUAAUGGAAAGAUGAGUUGCACUGGCAAACCUCAAGACCCUGCAGAAAACUGCAAGCCUCCCAAAAAAUAUGUGUCAUGUUCACAGAACUCAGAGAACAAAUAUGGAGCCUCCUGUUCCCCUACCUGUCAGAUGCUGGCCACUGGAAUUGAAUGUGUACCCACUAGGUGUGAAUCAGGCUGUGUCUGCACUGAUGGGCUAUAUGAGAAUCUAGAUGGAAUGUGUGUACCACCUGAUGAGUGUCCCUGUGAAUAUGGUGGCAUCUCUUAUAAAAAAGGGGAAGAAAUCCACACUGAAUGCAAAACCUGCACCUGUACAAGAGGCAAAUGGAAAUGUGUUCAGAAAUCUAAAUGCUCCUCAACAUGUACCCUCUAUGGAGAAGGACAUGUCACCACUUUUGAUGGACAGCGCUUUGUGUUUGAUGGCAACUGCGAAUACAUACUAGCUACGGAUGGUUGCGGUAUGAACAGUUCUCACUCCACUUUUAAAAUUGUGACUGAGAAUGUCAUCUGUGGGAAAUCAGGAGUCACCUGCUCCAGGUCUAUCAAGAUCCACCUUGGGAAUAUGACACUUAUACUGGCAGAGGAAACCUACUUUGUAUAUGGGGACAAUCCUCUGACACAAUUCCACGUGAAAAAGAAUGCCCUUCACCUGAUGUUCGAUAUCAUUAUCCCAGGAAAAUACAACAUGACUCUUAUCUGGAACAAGCACAUGAAUAUUUUCAUCAAGAUCUUCAGAGAAGCACAGGAUCACCUCUGCGGUUUGUGUGGGAAUUACAACGGGAACAUGAGAGAUGACUUUGAAACUCGAAGCAAAUACGUGGCAGCAAAUGAACUGGAGUUUGUAAAUUCUUGGAAGGAAAAUCCUAUGUGUGGGGAUGUGUUCUUUGUAGUUGAUCCCUGUAGCAAGAACCCUUAUCGUAAAGCUUGGGCAGAGAGGAAGUGUUCCAUCAUCAACAGCCAGGUCUUUGCUCCAUGUCACAGUAAGGUAUACCGCAUGCCUUAUUAUGAUGCCUGUGUCCGAGACUCCUGUGGGUGUGACUCUGGAGGAGACUGUGAAUGCAUGUGUGAUGCCAUUGCAGUGUAUGCCAAGGCAUGCUUAGAUGUAGGUGUCUGCAUUGACUGGAGAGCCCCAGAGUUCUGUCCUGUCUAUUGUGACUACUUCAACACACACCGAAAGUCAGGCAGUGAGGGCACCUACAGCUACAAUUAUUGGGAUGAACAAAAUUGCACCUGGCAUUACCGACCUUGUAAUUGCCCACAACAAAACUACAAAUAUGUCAACAUUGAAGGCUGUUACAACUGCUCACACAAUGAAUACUUUGAUCACGAGGAGAGAGAGUGCAAGCCCUGCACAAAACCCAUUUCGACAACCCCUGAGACCUCUACACCGUCAACAGUAACGACAACAGUACAAACUAAAACACCAAGAAGCACUACUACAGUUAAAACACCAACUACUACCGUACCACCAACAGCCACUACAUCUACAGAGUCCACCAUGCACACUGUUUUAAGCACUACACCAACCACCCUAUCUACUACAAAAGUAACCAUAAAAACAACACCUAUCACAAUCAAAUCCACUACUCACUCCAUACCAGUAACCACCAUUACGAAAAAGACAACACUGUCAACUACCCCAAUCAUAACAGUAACUGGGAUUACUUCACCAAUAAUCACCACCAAAACAACCAUAUCUCCAACCUCAGAAACACCACUCACCCCUACAGUCACAGUCAUCUCAACAACUGCAAAAAAACAUACAACUCCACGUAUGACAACAACCAUUACAACACCAACUAUAACAAAGACAUCACCAACUACUUCAUCAACGCCUACUCCUUACACUAGGUCAACGAAAACCAGAGAAACAGCUACGCCAACUCCACACACGACUGAAACUCUAAUAACGACACCUCUACCCACAAGCUCAACGGAGAGCACCGCAUCAGAGUCCACCACUCCAAGCACCGAAACAAGUACAACCGCCACACCAACUACACCCACAACCCUCACUCUCACCACAACUACCUUGUCCACUAGCUCACCAGAGAGCACAACAUCAAAGUCAACCCCUACCAUUUCCACAACCUUUACCACGCCCACCAAAACCACCACACCAACUACAAUCACAACCAUCACUCUGACGACGACGGCCCCGACCAGUACUUCACCGGAGAGCACCGCAUCUGAGUCCACCACUCCAAGCACUGAAACCAGUACAACCGCCACACCAACUACACCCACAACCCUCACUCUCACCACGACUACCUUGUCCACUAGCUCACCACAGAGCACAACAUCAAAGUCAACCCCUACCAUUUCCACUACCUUUACCACGCCCACCAAAACCACCACACCAACUACAAUCACAACCGUCACUCUGACGACCACGGCCCCGACCAGUACUUCACCGGAGAGCACCGCCUCUGAGUCCACCGCCCAAAGCACCGUGAAAACAACUACGCUGAUGACAGUUUCUCCAACGACUACGUCAGCUAAGUCCACAACGGGGUCAACACCAACAGUAACACCAAGCAGUACCAGGAAAACAACAUCAACCACAUCUCUCUCUACAACUUCAAAAACCACUGCAUCAACAGAGUCCAUCCCAACGCCCUCACCAAAAACCACUCGAAUAAGAACUACGACAACGACUGUGCCUUCCACCAAGUCUACCGAAACCAGUACAACCGCCACACCAACUACACCCACAACCCUCACUCUCACCACGACUACCUUUUCCACUAGCUCACCAGAGAGCACAACAUCAAAGUCAACCCCUACCAUUUCCACUAACUUUACCAUGCCCACCACAACCACCACACCAACUACACUCACAAGCGUCACUCUGACAACGACGGCCCCGACCAGUACUUCACCGGAGAGCACCGCAUCUGAGUCCACAACCCUAAGCACAGUGAAAACAACUACGCUGACGACAGUUUCUCCAACAACUACAUCAACCAAGUCCACAACGGAGGCAACACCAACAGUAACUAAGACUGUGGAAACCACAACACCGAGAAGUACCAGCAAAACAACACCAACCACAUCUGUCUCUACAACAUCCAAAACCUCUGAAUCAACAGAGUCCAGGCCAACCUUCUCACCAAUAAUAAGUCUAAGAAGUACCUCCUCACCAGAAACCGCUCCAGUAAUUGUGACAAGGACUGUGCCUUCCACCAAGUCUACCGAAACCAGUACAACCUCCACACCAACUACACCCACAACCCUCACUCUCACCACGACUACCUUGUCCACCAGCUCACCAGAGAGCACAACAUCAAAGUCAACCCCUACCAUUUCCACUACCUUUACCACGCCCACCACAACCACCACACCAACUACACUCACAAGCGUCACUCUGACAACGACGGCCCCGACCGGUACUUCACCGGAGAGCACCGCAUCUGAGUACACCACUCUAAGCACCGUGAAAACAACUACGCUGACGACAGUUUCUCCAACAACUGCAUCAACCAAGUCCACAACGGAGGCAACACCAACAGGAAAAGAGCCAACUAAACCUAGUACUCCAUCCUCAUCUGUAACACCGAGCAGUACCAGGAAAACAACACCAACCACAUCUCUCUCUACAACUUCAAAAACCACUGCAUCAACAGAGUCCAUCCCAACGCCCUCACCAAAAACCACUCGAAUAAGAACUACGACAACGACUGUGCCUUCCACCAAGUCUACCGAAACCAGUACAACCGCCACACCAACUACACCCACAACCCUCACUCUCACCACGACUACCUUGUCCACUAGCUCACCAGAGAGCACAACAUCAAAGUCAACCCCUACCAUUUCCACUACCUUUACCACGCCCACCACAACCACCACACCAACUACACUCACAAGCGUCACUCUGACAACGACGGCCCCGACCAGUACUUCACCGGAGAGCACCGCAUCUGAGUCCACAACCCUAAGCACCGUGAAAACAACUACGCUGACGACAGUUUCUCCAACGACUACGUCAACUAAGUCCACAACGGGGUCAACACCAACAGGUACACAAUCCUCCCCCAUAGGAGAUUGA